GUGUGUAUCAUAGGUGCAGGACAUGCCGGCUGCGAGGCCGCCACAGGCGCUGCUCGGACAGGAGCAAGGACGCUUCUUUUGACCCAACGCCUGGACACAAUCGGCGAACUGUCAUGUAAUCCAUCCAUAGGAGGCGUGGGGAAGGGUACCCUCGUCCGAGAGGUGGAUGCCUUAGACGGCGUUAUGGGGAGGGUAGCAGACAAAGCAGGGAUACAGUUUCAAAUUCUGAACAGGUCGAAAGGUCCCGCUGUCUGGGGCCCUCGAGCUCAAAUAGACAGGAAGUUAUACAAGAAACAUAUGCAGGAUACCAUACUUCAUUACCCUAACCUAGACGUCUGCGCUGGCAGCGUAUUCGAUCUUGUCUUCGGCGAGGGUGACCCAAAUAACAGUCUAUGGGGUAAUAUCAAGGGCGUAAAGCUCGAUAGUGGGGAGGUCAUAAAUUGUUCCCAGGUUGUCAUAUGCACCGGAACUUUCCUCUCCGGCGAAAUCCACCUUGGUCUGAAACGCUUUCCUGCGGGCCGUAUGGGCGAAUCCCCCUCCAUUGGGCUCUCAGGAUCCCUUCGUUCCGCAGGUUUCAAACUCGGACGUCUGCAAACGGGUACCCCGGCGCGCUUGGAUAAAGGAUCCAUUGAUUUCAGCAAUAUGAUCCGGCAAGACGGUGACGCUUCACCCUUGCCGUUCAGCUACAUGAACCGGACCGUGGAUAAUGCAGAUAACCAAGUAGCCUGUUUUCAGACAUUUACUACGCCGACUACACACCAGAUCGUUAGGGAUAAUAUGCAUCUCAGCGUCCAUAUCCAAGAGACCAAGAAAGGUCCGCGGUAUUGUCCAUCCCUAGAAGCUAAAAUCAUGCGAUUUGGACAUAAAGAUCGCCACGUUGUCUGGCUUGAGCCCGAAGGUUACGAAUCCGAUUUGAUCUACCCUAACGGAUUAUCGAACAGUCUCCCUGAGGAUGUGCAAGAGCUCAUGUACCGCUCCGUCCCUGGCUUGGAGAACGUGAAAAUCGUGAAACCUGCAUACGGUGUGGAGUAUGACCACGUUGAUCCGAGGGAGCUGGGACCCACGCUGGAGACGAAACGGAUUAAAGGCCUGUUCCUUGCGGGUCAGAUUAACGGCACGACAGGAUACGAGGAAGCAGCCGCACAGGGUACACUGGCAGGGAUCAACGCCGGUCUGGCUGCUCUCCAACGACCCCCGCUCGUCCUGACUCGCGCUGACGGCUACCUUGGUGUGAUGGUCGACGACUUGAUUGUCAAGGGCGCUGAGGAGCCUUAUCGGAUGUUUACCUCUAGGUCGGAGUAUCGCAUGACGAUUCGGAGUGAUAAUGCUGAUACUCGGCUUACUGAGAAAGGUACGACCGUCGGCGUUAUCUCAGAUGCCCGCUGGGACCGGUUCAACCAAGUACGAGGGGAUCUGGAACGCGUCGUGCAGAAGCUGAAGUCAGUCACUAUGAGUCCUCAUAGUUGGGCAGCGUACGGAAUUGAAUCGAAGAGAGACGGCGUUUCUCGGAGCGCCUACGAGCUGCUGUCAAGCCCCCUGGUUGAUACCAGGAAGCUCAAGGCGGUAAUUCCGGAGCUGCAGGACGUGGACCCGGAAGUCCUUAGCCGCAUCGAUAUCGACGGUUGCUACGGCCCCUUCCUCGCUCGCCAGGAAGCCGACCUACGGGCGUUCAUGGAAGACGAGACGCUCGUGCUCGAUCCGUGGAUGGACUACAGUGGAAUCGAGGGGCUGAGCUCGGAGGUGAAGGAGAGGCUCGCGAGGGUGCGGCCGACAAGUAUCGGCGCGGCGAAGAGGAUGGAGGGGAUGACACCGACGUCGGUGGUGGCGUUGCUAAAGUAUGCGAAGAGGACGCAUGGAAGAGCCGGACGUGGUUUGGACGGGCAGCAGUUGGCUGUCUGA